UUAGAAACAAAUCAUCCUUCAUUUAAAAGGGUGCCGUGCGUGGACAUAAAAAAAAUACAUUGGACUGAAGGUGUUUUCAUUCAGAUAGAACCUUUAAUUUUAAAGGGUGGUUUGGUUUUGAUGAUGGGAUGAGGGUGAGCCAAUAGGAAUUACAUUGGGUUGAACUUGCCUUUAGAAAGACGUGACCUUUAAUUUGAAAGAACAGUUCGUUUACGUGAGUGGUUCUGAUGGUGGGUAAUUGCGAGAACUAGCGUAAACACUAGAGUACACAAUUGAAGGUGCCCUUAGUUAGAAGGGGCCUUUAAUUUGAAAGGGUGACGUACGCGCAUAGAGAAAUUACUUUGGGUUGAAGGUGAAUUUAGAGGGUUUUUUAUUUGAAGGUAUUGUCUGCAUAAGUGGUUCUGAUGGUGGUAGGUGCCCUUGGAGAGGACCUUUUACUUUGAAAGGGUGGCGCUCGUGUUCAGACGACACAUUCUGUUGAAGGAGCAUUCGCGAUAGAGGCACCUUUAAUUUUAAAGAGUGAUAUUGGUGUAUGUCGAGGAACCACAUUGGGUUAAAGGUACCUGUACAUAGAGGCUCUUUAAUUUUAAAGGGCGGCGCACAUGCACAGAUAUUGUGCAUUGCUUUGAAGGCACGUGUAGAGAGGACCUUUAAUUUUAAAGUGGGCCGUGCGUGGGUGGUUCUAAUUCUGCCAAGGCACGUGAGAGGCCGUUUAAUUUGAAAGGGUGGCACGCGCACACAGAUGAAUUAACAUUGGCUUGAAAGCGCCUUUUGAGAGAAUACCUAGAAUAUGAAAUGGCGGUAUACGAGAGGAGCGGGUUUGAUGGUGGUAAUGGUUGGCAUUAAGAGUAAACAAAUGAAUUGUGUUGAAGGUGAAUUCGAAAGCGUGAGAGAAGGCCCUUAUAUUUGAAAGGACGGUGUGCGUGGGUGGCGCUGACGGCGAUGGAGGCGUGAAGAUGAAUCAUCCAAUCGAGCAAUAUUACAGGACUCUAUAUAGCAGUUAUACUUGGUGUGUGUAAGCAGACGGACAGAAUACUUCUCGAGAGUGAGUCCACUCAGUUGUGGGUAGAGAGAGACACUGAGGAGAGAGAGAGAGACAGUGGAAAGAGAUACACAAAACCAGAGACACGGGGAAAUAUAGAUACAAGGAGUGAGACACAGGAAGAGGGAUACACGGAGACAGCGUCGCUAAGACAAACACCGUGAGACUGAGAGAGGUACGCACAGGAAUAGAGAGACACGCGGAGAGGGAGAGGGAGGGAGCACGUGUGUGCGAGAGAAAGGGAGAGCGGCAGGGAGAGAGAGGGAGGGAGCGGCCGCCAUGCCGGAGCCGAGCAGCGACUACCACGUGGUGGUGUUCGGCGCGGGCGGUGUGGGCAAGAGCUCCCUCGUGCUGCGCUUCGUGCGCGGCACGUUCCGCGAGGCCUACGUGCCCACCGUGGAGGACACCUACCGUCAGGUGAUCAGCUGCGACAAGAGCGUGUGCACGCUACAGAUCACCGACACCACGGGCUCACACCAAUUCCCCGCCAUGCAGCGGCUGGCGAUCUCGCGUGGCCAUGCCUUCCUGCUCGUCUACUCGGUGACGAGUCGCCAGAGCCUUGAGGAGCUACGGCCCAUCUACGACGUCAUCGCGCAGAUCAAAGGCGAUGUGUCGGCUGUCCCCAUGAUGCUUGUGGCCAACAAGUGCGACGAGACGGCGCGCGAGGUGGCAGCCGGCGAGGGCGAGACGCAGGCCAAGGCGUGGCGCUGCGCCUUCACGGAGACGUCGGCCAAGAUGGACUACAAUGUCUCCGAGGCCUUCCAAGAGCUGCUCACGCUCGAGAAGCGGCGGCACAUGAGCCUGCAGGUGGACGGAAAGAAAGGCACCAAAGACUCUAGGAGGAGCCUCAAGGAGCACGUGCGGAGGAGAUGCCUGCUCAUGUGAAGCUCACGUGAUGCUCAUGUGGCGGUCACGGAAGCCCUCGCAAGCAUGCCCGUCACGGCCCGCGUGCUGCACGGGGUUAACCGGGUCCAACAAGAGUUUUUACGCAAAAUUUACUUUUCCUUUAUUUCAAUUUUUACUUAUUAUUAUUAUUGCUAUUUUAUACUGAUAUUAACAAACUAUUUUUUUAACGUCAGCAACGUUACCCACAACUGCUGUGCGUGCGCUCGUUCGAUCACGUGCGCGUGUGUUUUAAAUGUUAAAAUUUUACAUUUUGGGGGUAUUUAGUUUUUUAGUCUCUUAAGGGGGAAGCUGCUGUUGCAGCGGUGGAGGAACGAUUAUCGGUCAUCGGCACAACUGCAAUUUCCAACUCGGAGGGUGCAGGUUUGACUCGGUCAACGCGAGUUUCUCAAAUCCUCUUUCCCCCAUGCAACCACCUCUAGCUGUUCACCCGGCUCUACAAACGGGGGUCACAACACAUGUCGCGUAUGGUGGGGUAAAGUGUGAGUGCUCUAUUUUACAAAACGUCUGGCCAGCUUGGAAGAGUAGGCCAAACGUUGCUCUAUUAGAGGAAGCACUCUCCUUAGCGAAGGCGCCUUCCCCCAGUGGUGGCGCGAGCCAAGCAGUUGCAGGGCUGCCCCUUUACCUUCUCACCAAGUCUGUUUAAGUUUAAAAACCGUUGUUAUUUUUUACGUUUGGUCUUCGCGACGUGCAGAUGUCAUCGCUCGCCCGAUGGUGAGUUUUAUUCUAAAAGCAAUACCCUACGCAUGGAGGGAUUUGUCCCUGUUAUUUAUUAUUUCAAUCAUUUAGCCAGGAAAGCUCCACGACCCUUUUCUUAGGAGGUGUCCUGCCAGGUUUUUUCGCAGUUAGACAAGGGUGAAGAUUGCUGCUGUGUGGUCUAUCCCAGGGCAUCCCCCAGUGGCAGCUUUCCCUGGGCAUUAGUAUGCCAGUAGGGGAGUGCGGAGAGAUGAUUGCUGCUGUGUGUGUAAUCCCAAUUGAGUAAAUGUUUCCGCGCGAUUUAUUUAUUAUUGACAAAUCUGGCCUCGGUCUUGCGAACAACAAUAUCACAAUGGGGCGAGGGGGGGAGUCUGUGUGACGUCGACCGUGCGAGUGCAGCGGACAGCGUGUCGAGUGGUGUUGUAUUUUUUUACUUACCACAACCGUGGUAUUGAUCAGGGCGACCUGCCGGUAUCGAACCGCGUGAACCUUCGGCGACACGAGCGGCGAGCACGCCGCCUCUGGGCCGCGCCGCCAUCGCUCGCCUCAGGAAGCGUGGAGCGGCCGAUUGAUUCAGUUGUGUUAUUUUAGCGCCCGAUGAUCGCGUUAAUUUAGCGCCUGAUUGUUUUUUUUCUGGCUGUACCGCGCACGUGUUGUUUGGUGCAAUGUCCGAUGUUUCGCACCAUACCCCCCCCAGCCGCAAAUGCACAAACACGAAAGAGUGUCGGUUCAAAACGAUGGCAGUCCGAAUGCUUAAACCGUGCUCUUUGUUUACCCAGGGACAGCCUCGCCGAGUCUCAACACUCACUUGUGGUAGCUUCCUGUAUUGAUCCCGCGGUAUGGAGGCAGCAGCCGAGGGUUGGUGGAUCACCGCACACUACACACACACACGUGUCGUGACACUCCCUUCUACGCGUGCGCAUCGAGGAGAAGCUGUGCCCUUGGCUCGUCAGGCAAUGGCGGUUCCAGUGAGUGGACUAAUUUUCAUCUGUCCCAUGGUUAUGGGGAUUGAGACUCCAUCUGCAUAGGAUAGUGUUACCCCUCAUACGCAUGGGUUUUCUCCAGGUGCCCGAGUUUCCUCCCAUGUGUGUGAAUACUCAUUCAUGGGCUGGAAACAUCUCAUUAUAUAGAGGACAGCAGAGCUUGGGCAAUUGUUAGCAGUGCCAGCUCCUCACCAUUGUGGCUGCUGCUGCCUCUCUACUCAUCUGUGGUUCCUCCUGGUGCCUCCGAGUCGCCCUCUCUCCGAGUCAUUCUCUCCACGAGAACGAGCGAACACCAUGUGGUGGCUAUGUUUUAAAAAUUUAAGGACAGCUGCUUGGCCACGAAUCAUUUGACCGUUUGGCUUCCCGUGGAAGGAGGAAACCGGAGGACCCAGAGCACACUGAGCACCACGCUACCGCAUACGAGAAGGGGUGACGCGCAGGCUCGCAGAGUCUCAUCGGACAUCGCGCCGAGCAGCGCACGCCGACGCAACCCGAGCAGCACAACGGAAGAGCCAUGCGGCACAAGCGGCGAAAACCCUACGCAAGAAUUUCGGUAGAAUCUUUUUGUCGUAUUUGCAGUUCCGUUUCUUCGUUUGUAUUUUAGCAAAACUUUUUGCACUUUUUUAAACUUGAACGGUGGAUUGUUUUGCAGUCCAGAAAACAAAUAAAUAUACGAUUUAUUUAAUAGGUGGGGUGGGGGGAGGUAUCCCAUCAAUUUGAUUUAAAUUCUCAAGUUGUAGACUUUUACAUUGGCAAGGUGAGCGGUGGCGCAUGGGUUAGCACGCGCUGCGUUGUAAACCCUACACCCCGAGUUCGAUUCCCGGUAGCUGAGUGACAUCUGCACCAGUCUCUAGGCGUGCCCUGCCACCCCCUCUUUGGUCACCCAACAUUUAGCAGUGCGGUGAAGUAUGGUCAAACGGUCACCAAGGUCACCACAAGCUUCGAGAGACUUCAUCCAGCAGUGGAUUGACGGGCUCUGAACCUUUGUAAAGUCCUCGCCAUGCAGUGACUUUCGGGGGGGGGGAGGGGCGGUUGUUUAACCAUACUUCACACCGGUCAGUCCCGCUUCAGAUACCACUCACUAAUGAUAGCCGUCGCCAGGAGUCGAGCUCGGGUCGCCAAGUUGAUAACGCAAUGAGCUGACUAUUGCACCACUGCUCCCCCAUGAGUAAGGUGUAUCGUAUUUAAAAAGUUAAGUAUAGAUGUUUUAUUCGCUAUGCAGUGAUUAACCCUUUUGCACCCCCCCCUAACCUUAUGUAAUUAUAAUGGAACAGUCUGAUGACCCGAUUGGGCAUCGUGUGGGCUGUACCAUCGUCUUGCACGGAGUAGUUUUGUUCACACGCUAAGAGAACAAUAUUGUCAAAUACAGAAAAGAAAAGAAAUUUAAAUAUAUAAACAUUAAAACAACUGUCAGGGAUUUUGCGUUUUUUAUUGGUCAUUGUGGGUUUGGUGGAUCACGUGAUGGGAGCCAUUCUCCGUUAACUGUAAUGAUAAGGCGAAUGUUGAUUGCAUCCGUCAUAAAAAUGUGACCGAGAUCGUACAGUUGACGAUUCCACGGUGGUUUGUGUAGGUGCUAUACGAAUGACAGAAGCAACAUUUGGAUUAAACUCGUAUCGCAAACGUGUGCAGCGCUAUAACCAUGCAGCCUUGUGAGACUCUGGGGACAGUGUUCGCGAGCACCGAUUUAAACGCACUCGCAGACGGCGCAUCAUGUAAAUACGUGUUUAACUUUUUGUAUCCUAUGCAUGCAUCGUGGGCAACUUAUAAAGCACACACCAGUCGGUUGCAUGUUUGCUUUUUAGUUCGCGUUUAGGGUAGGAGGUACGACGUAGUAGCAGUCUAACCCGAAUGUGUGUUGUUGUGAACUAUUAAAUUUAACCCGGUAAGGCCCACCGAGCUAUGUAGCACUUUUCAUAAGCGAUCUGGCCACAAAUCGUAACUGAACGAGAAGUGGCUUACCGUAUGGAAAUUUAUAGCAACCAAAUACUCUAAACGCGUCUUGUCUAAAUGUGGAGGGAAUAGCCGGAGAACAUGCGAAUAUACAGCAGCAGGCAUCAGGGUCGGGGUCGAACCCCACGACCUCCUGUAUACCAGGCGAAGUAGUUAACAUCUCCUAGACACCGCACCUCUCCGCCACUCGACCGAUGCAGCCAAACAAACGACAUUGGCAGCUGUUUUGGCCACCGAGGGUCUGGAUAGUUUCAUGAUUCCAAGUUGCGUGUUUUUUUUUCUUUAAACCAGGUGAGAGGAGUUAAGAGAGACUCGGAUUGAGUCUCGUUUGCAAGCGUGUCAAAAAGCAGAACAAAUACAAAAUAAAGUUACGGCAAUUAGGAAUCGGAUCAGAAAUAACUGUCACGCGAUAAUUCGCAUAAUACUUUAUUGCACAAACGUAAAUGGUUGUUGUGCACUCACUGCCGCGUAAGUCGGCCCCCGUGCGGACUGUUUACGAUCGAGAUCAUAGCACAAUGACGCAAUUAAAUCACAGGCAUAUUAAACAGAUAUAGGGGGUGACAGUUGUACGAACGUUGUACCAGACGAUACUAACUUACAAACUUACAGGUGAUGUGAUCGUAAUAGAACAGUCCUCAAAGGACAAAGAGAAAGAUCCCCCGUAUAGCCUGCACAGGCUCUCGUGGCAAGUGCUGUAAGCGAGCACCUAUCACGAGGGGGUGGGUGGACGACACCACGCCCGGCCACCUUUGUCUAAUUACACGUCGCACCACGUACUCAUUUAAAGCCUAGUUGACCCAGGGAGAUCACAUUCGUUGUCACCGUCGGUGGUGGUGGUGGUGGUGGUAGUCGUGAGCGGGAAUCCAACUGGGGUCCCCGCCAGGUUCGUAGUGCAGUGUCACUCACUCAGGGGUGGGCAACCAAAACAAGAAUAUAUUUUUUUCGAAAUUUGAUUUUUUUUAAAAACCUCGAUGUAAAGAGCCCCAAUGCACGUGAAUACGAGAGGGCUAAGGGCGUCACGAAGCCGUUCCAGGUCUGACGACCCCUGCGGGUGGAGUGCGGAGCACGGCGGCUGUGUUACCGGGUCGACAAUAACCACCACCACCACCACCCACCCCACCACCUUCCCCUCGCUCGAGUUCACCGAUUAGUGCGGCGGCUAAGAUGCGUUGUGGCGGCGAUGGUUGAAUGUUGUUCGCGGGCAGUGUGAAGUGAAGUAGCGUGGCUCGCGUCGGGCCCCUCGGGGGUUGUUGCAGCCCCCACCGCGGGGUCGAGGUUGGGGCUGGCCGUGGUGAGGGUGGAACAUCCAUCCCUCACGAUCCGCUCACCACGAGCACCAUUACUACUACCGAGCAUCACCAACAACACCCACGCUGUGACCGUGUCGUCGAUUAUAGCUUCAUUAUUUGAAGUUUUGAAUACGUCGUUAUUAUUGUUGGUGCUGUUAUUAUUUGGUGGAGAUAUAAGCUCCCGGGGUAUCCUUGAACAACAACAAAAAGCCCCAUGAUUACCCACACCCGCACGCGCGUGUGUUUGUAAAGAGUGCAUACACGCUGAGCCAUCGGCGGGAGAUGGAGCGGUACAUUCGGAUCGUGCGCGCUGCUGAUGCCAGACGGAUCCCUGGAUCGCGAGAUAUCCCGACCGCAUGACAGCCUUCAUCCUAGGAUACGGCAAAUAAGGGGCGACCGCUCGGGGCCCCCGCGAUUGGGGGGGUGGGCGUGCUUCGACGUCACAGUGUUCGAUGUGAUACUUCCGGUAUCGUUUGAGGGCGUCGGGACGCCCACGCGGUGGGGUUUGUCCCGCCCCCCCCCCUCCAUGGAUGGCUCUGGAGACCGGCACGCACAAAUGGCCACUCGUGCGGAAAUAGGCCACGGUGGCUAGGAGAUGUUAACCACCUCGCCUGGUAUACAGGAGGUCGUGGGUUCGAGCCUGACCCCGACGCCUGCUGCUGUAUAUUUGGAGGUUGCAUGUUCUCCCCGUGGUCGCGUCGACCUUACCUGGUAAAAUUAAAUUAAAUUAGUUGAGACGUCACAGACUCUUUUACAUUUCCACUGUGAAGCAGACGGCGGUAGGGUGUUUUCAUGGUUGAUCCGACAGUACAGUAUUAAUCUGGGCUGCCACUGGGCCCGAACCGCGACAACGAGCGGCGAGCGCUGUGUUGCAUCACUGCCCUCGUCAACGCUUAACACGAACACGCUCGUGAAUACCGCUGCGUGUAGCCUGAAAGGGAGAACAUAUAUAAUAGGUGACGUUUCGGGCAAUAGUCCUUCAUAGCACACGCAUAAUGUUCGUAAUAAUUCACUUUGCCGACUGCUAUUAUCUGGAGAGUGAUAAUGUUUUUGGGGGGUAUCCAGUUUCCCCUCCCCCGCUACUAUCCCCGAGUUGUGUUGCAGUGAUUUGUUCUUCCACAAACUCUGCCGUUACAAUUCAUUUUCUUAUUCUUAGCUCUUUCGGUAAAGUCACGUUAUUAUUUUAUUGUUUCCCUUUAACGUGACUUUACCGAAAGAGCUAAGAAUAUGAAUUACUGCAGUCACGAAAGCUUUAAAUCAAAAUUUUAUUCAUUUUCUCUUCCAUUUAAUUCAAAUCGUCAGAGUUGCUUUCCCUUCUUCUCAAACGAGUAUCGAUAUCCUCGUCACUCAUCUCUCCUGGGGUGUCCCUGAAGCAGUGAUGGAAAUUCCACAUUCCUAUGGCAAGAUCCGUAUCUGUAUGUAUAUGACGGACUACUGUUGGUGGGUUACCACUGUUUAAUUCUCUCCGACACGGAACGAUGAUGAUUGGUGGAGUUGAACCUCGACUGGGGGACUUGAACUUGGGUCCUUUUGAACCGUCACCCUCUCUGUAGCACUCUAGACAUCUGAGAAAAAAGAGCGUCAUAGCUCCUCGGAUUCCUCCAGGAUAAAUGAAGGUUCUGAUUCUCAGUCAAUACAUUUAUAUUUAAUUGAAUGACGGUCUUUGGCCGUGUGAUUGUCGUACCAACUCGACACUGGUCAGUCCGGCUGUCGCUGCUAUAUCAGUAUUUUUGUUGUAUGGCUGAUGUAUAUGCAGAGUAACAACUACAAUUUCACAUUCCGGUGGUCAAGCCAGAUAACCGCGUUAGGAGCAGUGGAGUGUAUCGCUGUAAUCUUUCCUUCGUAUUUGUGGAUCGGGCAUUGUGUCGUUGUACGUGGUAUGGUCUGGUCUGGAUGACCACAUUCGCACACUGGAGAGUU